AUGUGGCAGGGUCUUCAGAUAAUCACAGAUUACAAAAAGAAAACCAGCCCCGUUGCGGACAUCGAUGUCUUGCUCCCAGACAAAUUAAACAACUUCUUUGUCCGCUUUGAGGACAAUACAGUGCGGGCCGCUACCAAAGUCUGCAGGCUCUCCUUCUCCAUGGCCGACGUGAGUAAAAUGUUUAGACGUGUUAACCCUCGCAGCGCUGCCGGCCCAGAGGGCAUCCCGAGCCGCGUCCUCAGAGCAUGCGCAGACCAGCUGGCUGACCCUCCUCUUAUAGGGCUAGUGUUUUUGCGGACUAGGGAUUUGAGACCCUCAUCACGUCACUCUGAGGGGGUUGUCUGUGUGUGUGUGUGUGUGUGUGUGUGGAGAGAGGGGUUAUUCUGUGUGCGCGUGGGACCUAGCUCCAAGCUGGCGGAGGGCGAGGACUACGAUUGCUGGGAUCAGAUGAUCCAUCUUCAGCUGACCAGCUCAGGGGACUGGCCGGCGCCCUGUGACUCCCAGCGGGUGGAGAUGCCCAGGAGAGAGAUGGAGGUGGUGAAGGGUCAGAUGGUGGUCCUGCAGGCUUGGUACAGCCCCACAUCUGAUAUCGGCAGGAACAGUGUCAUCUGGAACUUCAUGGCCAAUGACUCCAAGCAGGUCAUCUCCUACAGUAACGGUGAGCCAGGGAUAGGUAGUCCUGAGUUCAGGAAGCGUGUUGGGUUCAGCCUGUCCAUGCCCUCGGCCAAUCUCUCCAUCUACAUCAACAACACCCAGGAGUCAGACUCAGGACGAUACCUCUGCAAUGUCAUCAUCCCUGGAGCCGCUGGACUCUCUGGAGAAAUGCGCCUUAAUGUCAAAGUGUGCUUGAUGACUGGCUCAUCUGUGCUGAACGGCAACGUGACACUGAGCUGUAAGUCCAGCUCGGGCAAACCCAUCCCUCAGUACAAGUGGACCAAGAAUGCCCCCAUGUCAGAGGUCUUCUUUUCCCCCAUGCAGAAUGAGAGGCAAGGCACCCUCAGGCUGAGUAACCUCACUAAGAGCAUGUCAGGGAAAUAUGUGUGCCGAGCUAGCAACACUGCCGGCUCUGACACUUGCUCUAUCAACCUGGAGGUCUUCACCUCCUCUAAUGCUGGAGCGAUUGUUGCUGCUACUCUGGGGUCCAUCGUGGCACUGGUAGCCAUCAUACUCUUCCUCAUCUUCAUACUGAGAAGGAGAGACCAUGAAGAGGAGGAGCUAGCCAAUGAUAUCAAGGAGGAUGCCCAGGCUCCCAAGCGUGUUUCCUGGGCAAAGAGCGGCACAGGCUCAGACCUCCUCUCCAAAAAUGGCACGCUGUCCUCCAUAGCCACGACCCCGCAUCUACGAGACCCCCAGCAGCCCAACAACUUCCGCUACCCCUACCCCACUGCUCCGGCCUCUGACACAGGCUCUGUGUUCAAUGCCUACCGCCUUCGGCCUGGAGAGCCCAACCCCUUGCAGGGCCUCCCAGGGUACAUCAGUGGCACACCUCCACCCAGGCACACCAGACCCCUCUGUGUUGCAAACAACAUUGAUGCCACCUCUCCACACAGGCACAGUCGACCCCCCAGUUCUAACCACAUCAGUGGGACUCUACCCCCUGGCCACACCCGGCCCCUCAGCACUAGUAUCAUUGUUGACACCCCUCCCCAUGGGUUCAGUCAACCCCCCAGUCCUAACCAUGUUGGUGUCACCUCUCCACAUGGGCACAGCAGACCCCCUAGCUCUAACAACAUUAGUACCCCCUCCCCACAUGGGAACAGUCAACCCCCAAGUUCUAACAAUAUCGGUGCCCUCUCUCCACAUGGGCACAGCAGACCACCAAGCUCGAACCACAUUGGCUGUAGCGCUCCACACAGGCACAGUCGACCUCCCAGUUCCAACCACAGCCGACCUCCCAGCAUCAGUAGCAUUCCUCACUAUGGACACAGCAGAACCUCCAGUUCCAACGGUGCCCCACCCCAUUCCCCACCUGGCCACAUGGCCACAGACCCUGACAAGACUGAGGGGGCCCAGCCCCAGGUGCCACACCCUCUCACCUCGCCAAUCAGCUCCACCACCCUGGCCCGUAUAGGUGCUGUACCCGCUCAGAACCAGGCUGGAUCACUGGUAUAGCCCACUGGAGUGUCUCUCACGUUUUACUUUUGAACACAAACUGAACCAAAUGGAUAAAGACUUCCUCAAAGUAAGACUGUAUAGAGGAGAGAAGGAUUUGCUACAAAUUAAAAUCACUUUUUAUUGCAGUUGUUCAAAGUAGAAUGAAGAACUCAUGCUAAAGAAGACAAAUGAGAAAAUAUGACACUUGUGGAAUCGACUGUAUUCAGGUCUGCACAAGUUCAAAUACUUGUUUUAGCUGUUUUCAAAUACCAUGAUCAGAGUUUUUAUGGUUAAAACAAGGCCUAUUCUCUAAAACAUUAUUUGUGAAUCCAUAUAUUUGACUUAGUCGUGGCCAAACGUUUUGAGAAUGACACAAAUAUUAAUUUUCUGCCUCAGUGUCCAUUAGAUAUUUUUGUCAGAUGUUACUAUGGAAUACUGAAGUAUAAUUACAAGCAUUUCAUAAGUGUCAAAGGCUUUUAUUGACAAUUACAGGAAGUUGAUGCAAAGAGUCAAUAUUUUCAGUGUAGACCCUUCUUUUUCAAGACCUCUGCAAUCCACCCUGGCAUGCUGUCAAUUAACUUCUGGGCCACAUCCUGACUGAUGGCAGCCUAUUCUGCAAUAAUCAAUGCUUGGAGUUUGUCAGAAUGUGUGGGUUUUUGUUUGUCCACAUGCCUCUUGAGGAUUGAUCACAAGUUCUCAAUGGGAUUAAGGUCUGGGGAGUUUCAAAUCAAAUUUAUUUAUAUAGCCCUUCGUACAUCAGCUGAUAUCUGAAAGUGCUGUACAGAAACCCAGCCUUUUGAACAUAUUUAACAUACAGUAUAAAAGACAUGUUUUUGGAAAAAGGUUUUGUAUUUAAAUUUCAAUCAGAACAUUUAUUUUUUACACUUGUACAGCGGUUGAAAAACUGUGUUUUUGCAUCUGAAUAAAAACUGGCCAUGGACCCAAAA